ACUAUACAAUGUUGUUGGUAUCCGAAAAAAAUCAUGUCAAUCCCCACAUUUAUUGAUGCAUCUUUGCAAUGUAAUUUUAAUCAUCAAUCAUUGCAACAAAUAAAACCCUUCCAUACAAUAUUGCUGCUGUUCAUUCUUGUUCAGAACAUUCGACGGUUAUAAUGAACUAUUUUUCCAUACUGCUCAUAGUCGGACACCUCUAUUUGGACAGUUCCCUCGUCAGUGGGGUCCUGUACGAGAUAACAGUCAAUUCCUUCGAACCCGAUCCGAACAUUGACGCCGCGUUUCUCACGAUGGGCACCGUCCGGGUGACCAGGAAGAACCGGAACCGUUUCGCCAUUACCGGCGAUUUUGAGUUGAACCAGAACUGGGGUGAUGAAAAUGAGGUGUCCUUUGAUAUCAAAAGCCGAAACGGAAAGGGUCCAUCGAUCUACGGCGGGAAGGCAAGUUUUUGCGAAUUUUUAAAUAUGGAAAACUCGAUUAUUGAUGCUUUCCGGAAGGCAUCGAAUCUACCACCGGUCGGAACCUGUCCGCUGCUGAAGGGCAAGUACGCGAUCAACGAGUUCGAGGUUCAGGAGGAAGAUCUACCGCCGGUGAUGGUAAAGGAUCAGUAUGUGGUGUCGGCCAGGAUGACGGGCAGCAACGGGAAACAGGUGGUGGCAUACAAAAUUAAGCUGUCGGUUAAAUAGUGCAUGGUUGCUUGGGGUUUCACGUCUAACCCUAUCAAUCGAUAGACAAUAACAAUGAUCGUAUCGGUCAAACUAUUGAGACAAUCCACCAAAAGCA